AUGCCACCCUCACAACUCAGGAGAUUAAAAGCCUCAUUGCGCGAACAGGGCGUAAUAGGACCACAGAAGUCUCGAAAACAGGCGAAGAAGAAUCAAUCAAAUGGAACCGACAAAAAAAUAUCCCGGGGCGACGCCCUUACAGAAAUUAGAGAACAAUUUAAUCCAUUUGAAUUUAGAGCAACUUCUAGAAAUCCCAAAUUCGAGGUUACCUCAUCUCAAGCUACCCAAGGAAAAAUGAGUAGGCCGGGUCUUAUCAAAAGUCAAGAGGAGAAAAUGCGUCGAGAAGCCUACGUGGCUGAAAAGCAACGUCGAAAGAAAGUGGGUGGGAUCGUAGACAAGCGUUUUGGGGAAAGCGAUCCGACAAUGGCGCCAGAAGAGAAAAUGUUAGAGCGCUUUACUAGAGAGAAGCUCACGCGACACCAGAAAAGUUCAGUUUUUGACCUAGAAGAUAACGACCUUUCUAAUGGGCUCACCCACAUGGGCAAGUCAUUGUCAUUAGAUGGGCCCACCAUAAUGGAUGAUUUUACUGAAGGUGACUUGCAGCUCUCAGAGAAUGAAAACAACUCUACCGAAAAAGAUUGGCCUUUGCUCAAACGAGACAGAUUAGAUGAUCCAGAUGAUAAUGAGGAUCCUCUGCCCGAACGAAAAAAGUCAAAGCAGGAGGUAAUGAAAGAGGUAAUAGCCAAAUCAAAACUUUACAAAUAUGAACGCCAAGCCGCAAAAGAAGACGAUGAGGAUUUACGAGAAGAAUUAGACAAAGAAGUUGAUGAUAUUCAUAAUAUUCUUCGAGGGAUUCCCACAAAGAUUUCUAACCCGACAAGCGUUGAUGUCAAUAUUAAUCCACAAAGGGCAGCUCUCAUAGCCGGUAAUGACAAAGCAAGACUUGAAAAGGACUACGAUUUACGCCUGAAGCAGUUGGCCCUUGACAAAAGAUCGCAGCCAACUGAAAAAUCUAAGACUGAAGAUGAAAUAGCAAAGGAACAGGCAAGAAAGUUGCACGAUUUAGAAAAUAAUCGGCUUCAGCGAAUGCAAGGCUCUAUAUCCAACCAUGACGCUGAAAUCGAAAACUUAGAUGCUAGCAAUGGUGCUAAUGAUAUCAGCGAAGAUUAUGGCUUUGGUACUGGAAUUAAAGUUCGACAAUUAGAUCGUGAACUGGGGGUAGAAGAUGAAGACGAUUUUCUCAUAGAAGAUGAUCUUGUAGCUAGUUUUUCUGAAAUGGAAGACUCAGAGGUAAAUAGUUCUGAUCUCGAGGGUGAGCUCAGCGACGACGACAAUAAUAAUGAUCAAAGUGAGGGGUCUUUUCCUGGUGAACCUGCAGAAGCCAGCCAGAGAGAAUCAGCUCAGGUAUCUGGGAAAGACCUUUCAGUAGAGGAAAACCCCCCGAUCAUCACUAACGACGAUAAUACUGAUCUUGCAUUCCAAUAUGUAUGCCCAAAAUCGCACGAAGAGUUUCUUGAAGUCUUAAAAAAUGUCAACAUAAUCGAUCUCCCGACUGUUGUACAAAGAAUUAGGAUCCUUUAUCACCCUAAGCUUAGGAGUGAGAAUAAAGCAAAACUAGGUAAAUUCUCAGAUGUCCUUGUUGAACAUCUAAUCUACUUAGCAAACCAGAAACAAAAUCCACCGCCUUUUGCUACUGUAGAAUCUCUGAUCCGUCAUAUACACUCACUCGCCAAAACCUUUCCGGUAGAAAUUUCAAAUUCUUUCCGACAUCACCUCCGAGAAUUAGGCUCCCUCCGAGCACUAGCGCCGACACCAGGCGAUUUAGUACUUCUUACAGCUAUUGGUACUAUAUUCCCAACUUCAGAUCAUUUCCACCAGGUUGUUACGCCGGCAAUUUUAAGUAUCGCUCGAUACCUUGGCCUAAAAGUUCCAAAAUCCCUAGGUGAUUUUGCUAUUGGAUCAUAUUUGUGUACAAUAUGUAUACAAUACCAAAUGCUUUCUAAGCGCUUUGUUCCUGAGGUAAUGAAUUUUAUACAAAAUACCUUAUGUACGCUAGCACCUUCUAGAAUAGAUAAGGCUUCUGGAAUAUCUCCAUAUCAUAAGCCACAAUUCUCUUUGAGGCUCAAGGAAAAUUUAAGAUCUACUAAAAGUUUGAACUUCUACGAUUGUUUUUCAGACCUGAAAUCUCAUGAGGAAAAAGAAGCAAUGAAACUGUCACUUAUUGAGGUCAACUUGAAACUUCUCGAUGCAGCGGCAGACAUCUGGUAUGAAAAAGAGGCCUUUAUUGAAGUCUUUCUGCCUGCUUUAGAAAUAGUUCAACAAAUAAGUGACUAUCAAUGCCAUCUCAUCUUUCCGGAGACUACCCAGAACUUGAUUAAGAAGCUCCACCAGAAAUUAGAAACCUUAACCAAUAAAGCCAAGCUACAGCGCCGCCCCCUAGAAUUGCAUCACCACCGUCCUUUGGCCAUUAAAACAUCAUUGCCUAAAUUUGAAGAGAACUUUAAUCCAGAACGUCACUACGACCCUGAUAAAACUCGAACUGAGAUGGCAAAACUGAAAAAAGAGCACAAGAGAGAGAAAAAGGGUGCUAUUAGAGAGCUACGCAAGGAUGCGAAAAUUCUUGCUCAUGAGAGUCUCCGUGAGAAAAAGGAGAAAGAUGCGGCGUAUGAGAAGAAGUACAAACGACUCAUCGCUGAGAUUCAAGGGGAAGAGGGAAAAGAGGCAAAUGCCUAUGAGCGAGAGAAGCAGUGGCGGAGAAAGGGCAAAAAGUAG